ACCGAAAACAAACAUGGCGUCUUCAGUGGAUGUAUCGAGGUUUGUUUAUGUAUUAUCUAUUUCUUCCAUAUUAUAGUUUUGGCUCACCCGCCAAAAAGCUUGUUAUUAUGACGAUUACGCAGAUCGGUUCGCAUACGACCACAGUCGAACUCAAGGACGGACCGGAAGUUUGUGAGUUUAUUUGAACACAAACAUCCGCCUCGCUAACGUGUGCAGAUAGCAUGGAGCUACACUGACAGUUUCAGCGUUAGCUCGUUGUUUUAGGUGAUGUAUUCAUAAUUCUCGUCGCAUCUAUUGCGUCUCGACUAAGAACUGAAGACAUCGGGCUGCCGUUCUCUGGAGAGACAGAAAUGUAGUAUUUUCCAUGAAGCAAACCAGUCACCAUGGACUUUGUCUAGGUGUGGAGAUCCGAUGGCUCUAAGCACAGAUAAGCAGAACUUAACACUGUGAUAUGUUACAAUGGGUUUGGUGAAUCUGUUUUUUUCCACUGCCGCAAAAUGUCUGGACGCCGUGUUUUUGCUUCUGGACCUGAAUUUUGUGAUCGUCCACAGCUUGGUGCGAACUGUCCUGGCUGUUAUUUCCUUCAUUAGCAGUAUCCCCACUCUUCUUCUAUACUUACUGCUGGAGACUUGUAAUUACACCUCGCUAUGCCUGCUGUCCAUUGCAGAAGCCACUUCAGAUAUAGCCCACGGAACAGUGACUGUAUUCGGGAGCUUGCCACUGGCAGUGGAGGGGCUCCUGGAGAGUCUAAAGAUGGUGGGUUACCUGUCCAUGCACAUCCUGAUCCGUGGGAAGGAUCACCUUUGUCGGGGUCUGCUGUCUCUGCAAGAAGGAUGUGGUAUUGUCAUCAGUCUGGUGGUUUACUUCACCAACACAGUGGUCAACUUUGUACUCAUUGCCAUUCAAAACCUAUACCUGGGGGCUGUCAGUGUGCUACAGACUGUGUCCAGUCCACUGCACAAAGUAAUGGAGCUCACACUUACCACUCUCACCUUUCUCUACAGCUGUCUAGCUGGGACCACAGCAUUUUUAUGGGAGCCCUUUAAAGUACUUUUAGAUUUUUUCAUCUCAUUGGUCUAUGUGUUCAUCAAAAUCUUUAUGCUGAACAUUUAUGGCUUCCUGCUAACUGUUAUUAUAGCUGUGACUACGACUGCCUAUUUGAACCCAGAGCUGAGGCGUCAGGCAGCUUCAUGGUUUGUGGAAUAUAUAAACUCUUUUCCUUUAUUUCAUAGACUGUGCCGAUUUGUAGAAUCUAUUGGUACAAGUUUGCACACCGCCCAGUGGUAUGUAAACGACACAGUGCAGCGACUACAAAGAAUAGUGCACCAUGUGUAUGUUUUGGAGAGGCGACUGUGGCAGCAGGUGUCCCGACACAGUAGUCAGCUGCUGGAUCUGAGAGCUCGGCGCCCUGAUAGGGCGCACAGAGCAGGAGGUGAUGGUAUUGCUGGACAGGAAGAGGAAAGACGAGACCCACCUGAUGGACGAGCUAAUGAGAACACAAACCAGGGGCAGUCAGACUCAGCAGUGCCCUCCUCUAGCACACACAAAGCUCCAAACAAACACAGCAAAGACAAAGACUGUACACCUGAGGAAGAUCUGUUAAAAUUCCUUAAGGAACAGGAGGAGAGGAAGAAGUGUGUGAUCUGCCAGGACUCUACCAAAACUGUGGUUCUGUUGCCCUGUCGGCACCUGUGUCUAUGUAGAGACUGUACUAACAUAUUACUUGGACAACCCAUCUAUCAACAGAACUGCCCACUGUGCCGUCAUAUGAUCCUCAAUACUAUGGAUGUGUAUUUGUAAUUGUGGGGCUACUUUCCUUUAAAAAAAAGAAAAGUAUACUUAUUUUAUGCCACUUGGAAAUUGAACAAAAGGCCAAUGAUUGUUUGAAUGUUUAAAUGGUUGUGGUAAUAGAGGCCUUAAGAAACUGUUGAUGCUGUAAUUAACAACCAUUUUAAGUAAAUUGGGCUUCUGUUUUUUGCAAAUCCAAGCUGUGAAGGGGGAACAAAACAACGCUAUAUAUGCAGUGCACAAUAAUUUUUGUACAGCAGUAUUUUUAGUCUGUUAUUGAGGUUUUUAAAUACUUGUACCAUUUGCUUCAUUCUGUCAGGAUUAAACCAGUUAUAAUUUUAAAAAGAAACAUUGAUUUUGUUGUCUGUCACCUCCAACUAAAUGCAGUUAUUUUUGUGCAUUUGGCAUAAUUCGCUUUUCAAUGAGAGGUAUAUUACGGUCACAGAAUCUAUAAAAGCUGCUUUUUCACCAUUACUCUUGUGAGAAGGCCAUUUGCAGUUUUAAGGGGACUAUAACCAAACCAGGCCGAGUUUGUUAUACAUUUUAAGUUGGAAGUUUACAUUGGACAACUACCAAUAUUAUUCCAUUAUUGCUCAUGUGAAUUAGGUGAUGUUGGAUUUAAAGAAGUGUGCCAUUAAUUAAAUUCAUGCAAAUAUGUUGAUCCACCUUUUUUUCAUCUUAUUUUUUAUAUUCAUUUUCUAUUUCUGUCUGUUAUUUUGUAAAUUAGUGCCAAAGGACAAAUAAUGGCAAUGGGUCUUCCAAAUGUUCCCUUUAAAGAGGCCAGACUGUUGUAACUAGAAUUAUUCAGGAAUUCCUAAAAUGCUGAAAGAAUCUGAGAGCUGUUUGACAUUAAUAUUGUACUGAAAAUAUGAAUGUAAAGAUUGUUUGACCUCUUAAUAAACCAUUCCAGCUGUAAUUCUCAUAAGCAG